AUGAGUGUACCUGAUGAACAACAAUUUUCCAUGGAUCAGCUUGUUCAAACCAAUGAUGUAUCCAAUAAGAAACCAAGAAUUUCAUACACGAGAAACUUUCUUUUUUCCUUGAGAGAUAAGGAUGUUUGUAAGCAGCUCCCAAAUCUCCCCACUGAGUUUAAUGAUUUACUCUUGCGUGUCGUCGAAGAUCCUUCACCCGAGCGGCUGAGAUGGAAUGACUAUAGUUCAUCGCCUCCCACUAGAGGUGAAUUAGGUAGCAACUUCCGAGGCACACAUGGAAGAUGGGAAGGGCGCUCAGGUGGAUGGAAUGAUAAAGAUAGUGAUUCACUUUCAGACCGGGAUCCAGGAGAGCGUGGAAGGCGUUCUGGCUUGCCAUCUCGUAGGCCUUGGCAACCACCGGAGCAUGAUGGACUUCUUGGGAAAGGUGCUUUCCCUAAGCCAUCUGGAUUGGGUGCAGGACCAUCUGGCCCCAGACCUCAGUCUAAUGACACGUAUCAGCUGAGGAGAAGCAAUGAACCUUACCAUCCUCCUCGCCCAUAUAAGGCGGAACCUUACACUCGACGUGACACUAGAGACUCACUAAAUGAUGAGACGUUUGGUGCUUCUGACUCUACAAGUGAAGAUAGAGCUGAAGAAGAAAGAAAAAGAAGAGCUUCUUUUGAGUUGUUGAGGAAGGAACAUCAAAGAGUUUUCCAGGAGAGGCAAAAAUCAAACCCAGACUUACGUAAAAACGACUUUGAUUUUACUGAAAUGCUUGGGGAGUCCAAAGAUGAAAAAGAGCGGCCAAGUAAAAGCGAUGAAGUCCAUAACACUCCAUCAGGUCCUUGUUCUACUAACCACUCUUUGCCCUCUCAAAGUAAUGCGCCGAGACCGCUUGUACCUCCUGGUUUUGCAAGCACAUUUUUGGAAAGAAAGCAAGGGGACAAGCCUCAAGCUGAAACUUCUCAUGAACGUAGUCCUUUAAAUCCCAAAGGCAUUGAUAUAAUAAAUGGAACGUCUGUUACGAAUGAAGAAAAACCCUCGGUAUUUAAGAUAGGCUCCAGUGAGAUGCUGGUAGAAGAUGAAGCUGACCGUGUCAACUCCACUGACACAAGUGAGCAGGCUGUUAAUUUGUCCUCAUUUCUACGAACAUCUACCCAUACAGUUAAUAAGGACAAAAGUUUUGAAAAGCUAUCCUCCAUCUCAACUGCUGCUGAGGUUCCAGGAUAUCCUAGAAAAAUUGAGCAGGCUACAGUGAAGUUGGACCAGAAGAAGAGCUUGGAGAUUUCGGAUGAGCCAUCAAUUCUGGAUAAGAUAUUCGACACCGCUAUAAAUUUGAAUAGUGGUGACUCUUCUAAUAUUACUCAGAAAACUGUCGAAAAAGUUGAAGAGACAAGGAGCCCUCAGCCUGUUAAAUCCUCAAAAUUCGCACAUCUAUUUCUUGAAGAAGAUAACAAGCCAGUCGAAGAUGCCCCAUCUAGCAGGCCACCAGGAGGCUUACUAUCACUACUUCAAGGUGCAGAUAAAUUGCAAACCUUUGAGAGGAAAACUAAGGGUGAACUUUCGAUGGACUUUCCUUAUCAAGGGCAUGCCACUAAAAACAUUGAUAACUUAAGCAACACUACCGCAAGUAAACCAGUAACAUCUGCUCCACCUGUUCUUACUUGUGAAGACCUUGAGCAGUCUAUUCUGUCAGAAGUUAGUGAAAUAUAUCCUCCUCCUCCAUUGCCAGUUGACCAAGACUUUAGUGUUUCAUUAGUGAAGAAGACCAAACAACGUAAAGCAUCUGUUGAUGACCAGGCGUCGCAGCACCUUCUUUCUUUAUUACAGAGAAGUGCAGACCCAAAAACUCAAGAUACAGUCACAGAGACUAGGCUACCACCAUCUGCCGGAGAAGCAGAUCCGGGGAAGUCUUUGACUCUUGAGAAUCUGUUUGGGAGUUCCUUCAUGAACGAACUGCAGUCCAUUGGGGAACCAGCCUCUGGAAGAGCUAUGGUUACUGAUGCUCCUGGGGUCCCUCUACGAUCAGACAGGUCUAUGGGUGAACUGAGGCAAAUAAAUCAAAUCAGAGCUGACGGUCUCCCCGGAGGGUUACAAGGCUUUCCAGCAUCUCAUUAUCAGGAGCCUGAAGUAACUUUCAACAUUUCUGGCAAGCUGGCUGCUUUGAACUCUGGUCCAACUAACGAAAGACCAACAAUGGGAGGUCACGAUGGUCCUUUUCUUCAACAUCAUACCCAACAAUAUGCAACCGACCCCUCUAUUCACCUGAAUGGUUCAGGCCCAGUUUUCCAUCCUUUGGAUACUCGACAUGCUCAUGUAAAACCUCAGCUCGAUUUCAUGGGCCAAGGAAGCAUCAUAGCUCAACAUCAGGAUCCUCAACCAAAUCACCGGUUUCCACCAAACAUGAUUGAUCAUCGUCCACCUUUCCAGCAUUCAACAACUAGCGGGAUUCCCGAGUUUGAUCGUCUUCCUCCACAUGUGAUGCAGAAGAUGCAUAUGCAAGACAACCUGCAACGCCAACAUCUAAUGCAAGGAUUCCCCGGUGGUGGUCCACCACACCAUCACUCUCCUAAUGCAAACAACCAAAUGCAGGGUCUCAUCCCCGAGUUAAAUUCAUCACAAGGCUUUCCCUUCGCUCAUCGACAACCCAACUACGGUAUCCCACCAGGUACUCAAGUCAACAGAGUUGAUAAUCCAACUUCACUGCAUACACUCUUGGGGAUUCACCAGAGGAUGGACCCAUCCAAGCAGUCACCAGCAAUGGGUCAAGCCGGUAGUGGUCCUAAUCGUCAGGGCUCUAUGGGUCAUGAGUUGGACCUUGGCUUUGGCUACAGGUAA